AGGCAGUUAAGAUGCACCAGCCUUGGCCGUUGCUGCUCCUGACCUUGUCGCUGCAGCGUUUAACGACCCUGUCGACGGUGGAGUCGAGGAUGCACAGCGAGGCGGUGCUGAUACCCGGCGACGUCGUGCUGGGCGGACUGUUCCCGGUGCACGAGAAGGGCGGCGGGACCGCGUGCGGGCCCAGCAUCUAUCACAGGGGGGUGCAGCGCCUCGAGGCGAUGCUGUUCGCCGUCGACGGGAUCAAUCGGCAGGACACGCUGCUGCCGGGCAUCACGCUGGGGGUGCACAUCCUCGACACGUGCGGCCGCGACACGUACGCCCUCAAUCAGAGCUUGCACUUCGUCAGGGCGUCCCUCUCCAACAUUGACAUCAGCGUGCUGGAGUGCGCGGACAAGUCGACGCCCAGGGUGAAGAGGACCGCGAGCGCGGGGCCCAUCUUCGGGGUCGUAGGCGGCUCCUACAGCUCGGUGUCGUUGCAGGUGGCGAAUCUGCUGCGGCUCUUUCACAUCCCCCAGAUAUCGCCGGCGUCCACGGCCAAGGCGCUCAGCGACAAGACCAGGUUCGACUACUUCGCGAGAACGGUACCGCCGGACACCUUCCAGUCGAUCGCGCUGGUCGACGUGGUGAAGAGCGCCAACUGGUCCUACGUCUCCACCGUGUACUCCGAGGGCAGCUACGGCGAGUACGGGAUCGAGGUGUUCACGCGCGAGGCCACCGAGCGUAACGUCUGCAUCGCGGCCGCGCUGAAGGUGCCCAGCGCCGCCGACCCCAAGGUGUACGACGACAUCAUUCAGCGUCUGAGCAAGAAGCCGAACGCCCGCGCGAUCGUCCUGUUCACCCGGGCGGAGGACGCCCGCGGCAUCCUCGAGGCCGCGAGACGCUCGAAUCUCAGCCAGCCGUUUCAGUGGCUGGCCAGCGACGGCUGGGGCCGGCAGGGCAAGCUGGUCGAGGGUCUCGAGGAGGAGGCCGAAGGCGCCAUCACCGUCGAGCUGCAAUCGGAGAACAUCCCCGGCUUCGACAGCUACAUGGGCUCGCUCACCCCCGAGAACAACCGGCGGAAUCCGUGGUUCGGCGAGUACUGGGAGGAGGUGUUCAGCUGCACCCUGAGGCGGAACGCGGCGACCUACGAGCGCCUCGGGAGCCCGCAGGCCGGAUGGAGGACCAGCGGCGCCGGCAAUCAGAGCCUCCCCAUCUGCUCCCCCGGGCUCAGGCUGAACGCGGCGAGCGGCUACGAGCAGGAGUCCAAGGUGCAAUUCGUCGUGGACGCGGUGUACGCGUUCGGCCUCGCGCUCCACAAGCUGCGCCACGACCUCUGCGGCCACAGCGAGGGCAUGUGCUCGUCGAUGGCCAACUACGACCGCGGCGCGUUCUAUAAGAAUUAUCUGCUGAACGUGUCCUUUGUAGACACCGCCGGCAGCGAGGUGAAAUUCGACGAGCACGGAGACGGCCUGGCGCGAUACGAGAUCCUCAAUUUCCGCAAGGGAACGAACAACAAUGGCGCGAACGGCUAUCACUAUAAGGUGGUGGGCAAGUGGUACAACUCCCUGGACAUCCGCACGGAGGAGAUGGUGUGGGCGCGCGGGACGAAGGACAUACCGAUCUCCGCGUGCUCGUUGCCCUGCGAGCCAGGUAUGAUAAAGAAGCAACAGGGUGACACUUGUUGCUGGGUGUGUGACCAAUGCGAGGCGUACGAGUUUGUUUACGACGAGCACACCUGCAUGGACUGCGGCCCGGGCCUCUGGCCGCACCCCGACAAACGGGGGUGCUAUCAGCUACCGGUCAAUCAUAUCAGGUGGAGCAGCGCCUUCGCCAUCGCGCCCGCGGUAAUAUCCUGCCUGGGAAUCGUGGCGACCCUGGCGGUGGCGUGCUUGCUCUUCCAACACCGCGACACCCCGGUGGUCCGCGCCUCCGGGCGAGAGCUCACCGUGAUCCUGCUGGCGGGCGUGCUGGUGUGCUACCUCAAUACCUUCGUGCUCCUCGCCGCGCCGACCACGGCGACCUGCGUCCUCCAGCGCUUCGGCGUCGGCGUGAGCUUCAGCGCAGUGUACGGCGCCCUGCUCACCAAGACCAACCGGAUCGCCAGGAUCUUCGACUCGGCCUCGAGGUCCGCCGUGAGGCCGCGGUACAUCAGCCCCACGUCGCAGGUCUGCAUAGCGGCUGCGCUGAUCGCCUUCCAGGUGGUGCUCACGCUGGUCUGGAUGAUCAUCGAGCCGCCGGGGACCAGGUACUCGUACCCGGAUCGCCGCCAGGUGAUCCUCAAGUGCAACAUCCAGGACAUGAGCUUCCUCUUCUCCCAGCUGUACAACGCCCUGCUGAUCCUCAUCUCGACCGUGUACGCGGUGAAGACGCGCAAGAUCCCGGAGAACUUCAACGAGAGCAAGUUCAUCGGCUUCACCAUGUACACCACGUGCAUCAUCUGGCUCGCCUUCGUGCCGAUCUACUUCGGCACCGGCAACUCCCACGAGACGCAGAUCACGACCCUCUGCGUGGCGAUCAGCCUGAGCGCGUCCGUCACCCUGGUCUGCCUCUACUCGCCCAAGGUCUACAUCAUCGUCUUCCAGCCGGACAAGAAUAUACGAGGCAAGGUCUGCCUGGGCAGCACGUUCAAGAAGCAGGGCAGCAGCGCCGGCGCGUCGUCCAUGACAAAAUAUACGGGCUGCGAGUCGGCGAGCGAGAACGUGCCCCUGCAGGGCGCCCUGACCGCGGCGGUACGGACGUCCGUGGGGGUCACCGAGAUCUCGCUCACGUCCAGCACCACCAGCAAGACCAAUAACGAGCAAGUGGCGCAACUGUAGGCCACCAGCCCCCGUCGAGGUCGCGACCACCCGGUGGACCACACGGUGGACGUGCACGCGGCGCGGCGUCGUUGGAGAGAGAGAUUGCAAUCAGCGAGAAACGCUGAUGUCGGGAUAAUUUCUAAAUUUCAACCUGUUAUCCGGGGAGACUGAUGUAAUCGAGCUGGUAUUCGAAGGCGAGGGACGCUGAGCGUCUCGCGACGCGGUUGUCGUCGUUCGCCAGCAUCUUCCGAGAAGGAGAGAGAGAGAGAUGCCGGAGGUCAUCGGUCGUUAUCGUGAUCGCUGUUGUCGUUAUUGUUACUGUUGUCCUUGUGCAUAAAUUAUACACACAUACACACGUGCAGCGAUGGACAGAAUGGUUGCGGGACUUUUUUAAAUGAGCUUAGGAACGCGCGUUUAGAUUCAGGUUUACGUUCCAAAACGUUUCCCCCGGGGGAAAGAUUCUAUUCGUGAAAUAUUGAGAUCGGAAAGCGCUCAAAGUGGUUUCGGACUGGCCAUCGAGUGAAAUAUUUCCCUGUGCAGUGAAGGACAGAAUGGUUGCAACACUUUUUGAAAAUGAGUUUAAGGGCGCGCAUUUAGCUUCGGGUUCCAAAACGUUUACUCUGGACCAAAAUUUUACUCGAGAAAUAGCUCGGAAGCGCUCAAGAUAGUUUCGAAACGGCCAUUGAGUAAAAUAUUUCCCGGAGAAGAGGAUUUUGGAACGUAAUCCUGAAUCUAAAUGCACGUUCCUUAAAAAAAGAAAAAAUACUCUCGAUCAUUCUACUCAUCACUGUACACACGUGCGCGCGCGCGCGCGCACCACACGCACACAUAAGGAAGAAAAAGAAGCACACAUAUACGUACGUGUGUUGUACGUGCAUUUAUCGAGCAAGUGUAUACCGUGUGACCCACUAAUUCUAGCCGAGCACCUCGUGACUUGUAUAAUUUCGAUUAGGAGCGUAAAUG